AUGUCCGCCGUCAAGAUACAGAGACUUGCUCUGCCCAAGGGCGUCAGCCUCAAGUGCGAAAUAUGCAGCGAACCGGUUGCAUUUCGGUGCAGCGAAUGCCCCACCUACUAUUGCACCCGAGAACAUUUUGAGACAGAUUGGUAUGGGGUUCUGCACGAGAUUCACCAAGAUGUCGCUGAGCUACGGGAAGUAUCGAAGAACGUGGGCACCGAGAAGGAUAGGCAGCAACGGGAGAAAGAACUGAUUUCCAUCAGGAGAAAAAUUCUAGAGAUUAGUAGGGCGACAGCUCAGAAAUUCGUCGUUCAGGGGCAGUACGUACUCGCGAUAGCAGGUGCUCUUCAAGCGCUGAGGAUGUCGGAAGCUCUCUAUGGCACUGACUCGAUGGAGGUGGUGUCAUCGCAGCUCCUGCUUGCAGAAGUUCAUCUAGGACUCCAGCGCCUUCAAUCCGCUGAAGAACUCCUGACGUUGGUGCGUUCGACACUGGUUCAGUCCACAACCAGGGUGAUUUACCACCACAAAUGUAGUGCGAUCGCAUGUGAGGCGAACCGCGUACCUUAACCAAUUAUGCAACAAGAAAGUUACCUGUCAGUGUUUCCGCUGUGGCACGCCGUCAACUGGUUCCUGUUCAUGUGCUUACUACCGUUUUCCCCUACUGAAAAAACAGAAAAAUUGUAACUCUGGCGGUGAAGUCCAUCUGUUCAGAGAAACCCGGACCACGAUUUUUGUCGUUGUGUUUAUUGUGGAUAGGUCAACUGGUCUCUGUUUAAGCACCCAGAAGCGGGACAGAGAAUGCGGCCGCACCUUUGUCGCAACAUCGGUCGCCUCUAUUCCGCUCAGAAACGCUACGACGAGGCUCUCAAUGCGUUCGCUCUCGCUGUGAGUCCACUGUGAACCAUCUUUGAACGCUCCGAAUGCAUUGCACUAAUCAUAGACCUUGUUUUUCCCAUUCGCUUUGGGAUUGGACUAGACACUGCACCUCGUCCAGGCAUGACUGGAUAGUUCCUCGUUUAAAACGAUUGCCUGAUCUACAUUACCGUGAGAUGAAACUGAUAGCUUAACAGUGCAGCGCCUCUGCUGUGCCACUCUUGCCGAUGCAGUCCAGUAGUUCCAUCAAAACACAGACUUUUUGGUGUUUAGUUGACAUGCACUGCAUCAUUGUACCCUAAUGAACUUAAACGUCUGACAAAGCGCCUUCUCAAGUUCAAGGGUAAUGGAUUGCUGGUUUCACUACAUCGUCGUAAGAUGCCAUGACCAUCUGUUUCCUCCUCCUGUUCCUUUAUUCGUUGGACAAAUCUCGUUCUGUUCCAGUCGACAAGCAGCUGGCUGCAUACUCUGUCACAACUUCAGUUGUUACCUGUAAACACUGUCCAUCCGUUCUACGUUCAGAUAUACCACGCGGCGUGUGAACACGGCCCAGAAUCAUUCAGAACCGCCCCUUCGUACUUCUACAUGGUACAUCGCAGA